AAAACAAAGACAUAUACAGUUUUGGAAAUUACUAGUAUUUUAAGUUUGUGAUUCGUUGUUGAUUUGAUACUGCAGGAACAAAUGAAACAGCUAAAUGGGAGCUGGUGAUCGCAAGACACGCCAUUGAUUCGACCCUGUUCUUGGGAGCUAGGCUGGAAAUGAGUGGUGCGUGCGUAGUCAUGUAUUCCUCGCUCACCAUAGAAGAGACCUUGUGGACUGCAUACUAGAUCAGACAGAAGCUUCGGAGGAGACAAAUAAUUGGAGAGAAAUUGAGGGGUAGUCAUGCCGAGGAGGCUGAAAGAAACAUGUGGAUGGGAACAUGAACAGCAGCAGAUGCAGAUGCAGAUCAGGAAGCGACGAAGGAGGAAGAAAAACCUGGAACUUCCAAGUCCACGGACUAAGUCAAUACAAAAACUACAACAAUGAAGCUUAGGUUGAUUCUUCCAACUAUGUUUUCUUUUCGGGGUCUUAAAAAAUAUUUAUCUGUACAGUAGUACUUAUUUCAUAUGGUUCGAUUUCUUUUUUCAUUUUGAACCUUGAUUUGCAGCAAUGUCACACAUCACUUCAGUAUAUUAUUACCCCCUCAACGUCGUAUUCUUUUGUGAUAUUUCUACAGAGCAAGGUUUUGGAUGAAAAGUGGCCAGCCAUAGUCAGUGGGAAUAAAGUAUUCCUUUGAAUAUUCUGAAAACCUACUUGGGCCAACCUAAGCAAGUGUUCUUUACUUAACUACUAGUACUGGUUACCUCAUCAAGUUAAGAGUUAACAAAGUCUUCCCAUCUAAUCUAACAUCCCCAUCUCCUCCAUGGCCGCGAAGCUCCAACUCCAACCAUGGACUCUCUGGGCCUUUCUUCUCUUUCUUGCACUUUUCUCCCACGAAUCAAACCUUCAGUGCAAGAAUGGAGUCGAGGCCACAAAGAGAGUCCUCCUGUAUCCACAGUCUCCAAAGGUCUCCUCUAUUGUGAGCAACAAGUACAGAACUGCAUACCACUUCCAGCCUCCCAAGAACUGGAUAAAUGAUCCAAAUGGACCAAUGUACUACAAUGGUAUAUAUCACCAAUUCUACCAGUAUAACCCAAACGGUUCACUCUGGGGUAACAUAGUUUGGGGCCACUCGGUCUCAACAGAUCUCAUCAACUGGAUCCGGCUUGAACCAGCGAUAGAACGGACUACUCCUAGUGACAUAAACGGUUGCUGGACAGGUUCAGCCACAAUCCUCACCGGCGACAAGCCUGCCAUCAUAUACACCGGUGCCGACACGGAGAAGCGUCAGGUCCAAAACAUUGUGUUUCCAAACAACCUCUCUGAUCCAUACCUGAGGGAAUGGAUCAAAUCUGACAACAACCCGCUGAUCGAACCUGUCGGAGCAGGCUUGAACUCAAAUCAGUUCAGAGAUCCGACAACCGGUUGGAUCGGACCGGAUGGACUAUGGAGGAUAGCUGUUGGGGCUGAGCUGAACGGCUACAGUGCUGCACUUUUGUACAAGAGUGAGGAUUUUCAGCACUGGACUAGAGUUGAUCACCCACUGUACUCUUCCAAUGCCUCCACCAUGUGGGAGUGCCCUGAUUUCUUCGCAGUACUGCCCGGCAAGAACAAUGGACUGGACUUGUCUGCAGCUAUCCCGAAUGGCGCUAAGCAUGUCCUCAAAAUGAGCCUAGAUUACUGCGACAAGUACAUGAUUGGUGUUUAUGAUCUGAAAAGUGAUACCUUUGCGCCAGAUACCGUCCUUGAUGACCGUAGACUGUGGUUGAGGAUUGAUUAUGGAAAUUACUAUGCUUCAAAGUCGUUCUUCGAUUCAAGAAAGGGCAGGAGGAUUAUAUGGGGUUGGACUAAUGAGACAGAUAGUUCGUCAGAUGAUGUUGCCAAAGGUUGGGCUGGGAUCCAUGCAAUCCCCAGGACUAUAUGGUUAGAUAGCGACAGUAAGCAAUUGCUGCAAUGGCCUGUUGAAGAGAUCGAGUCGCUUCGAAGAAAACAAGUCAGCCACCAAGGCAUGGAGCUCAAGAAAGGGAGUCUGUUUGAGAUUAAGGAAAUCGAUACUUUACAGGCUAAUGUGGAGAUAGAUUUUGAGCCUUCAGACAUAGAUAGUGCUGACCCUUUUGAUCCUUCCUGGCUUUUGGACCCCGAGAAGCAUUGUCGGGAAGCAGAUGCGUCGGUUCAUGGCGGCGUGGGUCCAUUUGGACUUGUGGUUCUUGCGUCUGAUAACAUGGAAGAGCACACAGAUGUGCACUUCAGAGUUUACAAAUCACAGCAGAAGUACAUGAUCCUUAUGUGUUCUGAUCUGAGAAGGUCGUCCUUGAGACCAGAGCUGUACACACCAGCCUAUGGAGGCUUCUUCGAAUUCGACCUCGAGAAAGAGAAGAAGAUAUCUUUGAGAACGUUGAUUGAUCGUUCCGCGGUGGAAAGCUUCGGUGGCGGUGGCAGGGUCUGCAUCAUGGCCAGAGUUUACCCGGUGGCGCUCGUCGAUGGCGGCACUCGCAUGUACGCGUUCAACAACGGCACUAGCACCGUCAGGGUGCCUCAGUUGAAGGCCUGGAGCAUGAGGAGAGCACGAGUGAAUGUCCAAAAGGGAUAAGCAAAUUACUACUGUACAUCACUUCGUAAUAACAAAGUUUUCUGACCACUGGAGAACUGCGUGAGUUACUUACUAUAUGGCAUCAUGCAUUCCUGCUUCCAUGCCCAUUCUUUAGCUCGCUGGAGAGAGAGAGAGAGAGAGAGAGAGAGAGAGAGAGAGAGAGAGAGAGAGAGAGAUCAUUGACCUCAGAUUCUGUAAUUCAUUACUUGUUAGAAAGAAAGGAAACAUAGAUUAUUAUUGAAUACUGGUGAGGAAGACAGUGCUCCAUUGUUCAAGUGCAAUUUUUUUCUUCUAAA